AUGGUUGAUAAUGUUCGCCCUGCUCCAAUAUUCAACUCAUGCAUGCUUCACCCUCGAUGUGUUUGCUUAUUGCUUUUACUGAUUUUGACAUGUCAAUGCAAAGGUAUUGUGGCAGGAGAACCUUGCGUUACCAAGGUCUUUGUAGAACCUGUUUCAAACAAGGCUCUUGCAAACCAUCUGAUCAGUAGGGCGACGGUGGAAUCACCAGAUGCAUGUAUGAUACAAUGCUUUAUCAAAAUCAAGUGCGAAUCGUACAACAUUGGUCCCAGGGAGAAGGACGGUCACGUGUGUGAACUGAGUGACUCUGACUCUCACAGAGAUCAUAUGGACUGGAUCACAAAGGAAGGAUUUUCAUACGUCGAGACCUUGAACCCCUGUAGACAAGCUCAGUGUCCUUUAAAUGGCCGUUGCUACUCGAACUUUGAAAAUAACACUCACGCAUGUGAGUGUACGUCAGGAUUUACCAAAGAGAACUGCGAAGACAUAGAUGAGUGUAAGAAGAACCUUCAUAGUUGUCACAGCAAUGCCUUUUGUAAUAACACGAAUGGUUCCUACAGUUGCAUCUGCAAGACAGGAUUUCAAGGAGACGGAAAAGAAACCUGCCAUGGCAAGUUUAAUCAAUCUUAUUCUUCAAAUGGAAACGCAUUUAAUAUCUCACGUUCAAAAAACAUCGAUGAAUGCAUCGAGGGCAUCCAUGGGUGCCACAACAAUGCAUCGUGUACCAAUACAAACGGCACUUACCGCUGCACUUGCAAACCAGGAUUUGCUGGAGAUGGAAGAAACAGCUGCCAAGUCUCCCCAGGUUGGUUUUCCUAUUAUCCUGCCCAUUCUUGUAAACAUAUCCGUGACUCUGGGGACCACAGGGGAGAUGGAGAGUACUGGAUUGACCCAGAGAAGAGUGGAAAACCUUUAAAGGUCCAUUGUGACAUGACAACUGAUAAAGGAGGAUGGCUUCUCGUCACUAACAUUGUGACUCAUGACUCAUCAAGGGACACCCAGUUCUCAGAAGAGACGUCAUACCGCGGAAUCGACAGAGAUAACGCGAGUGAGGAUUUUAGUCUCACUACAAAUGCCAUGAAAAAGUUAAAAGCACACAUGCCUUUUACCCAAAUGAGAUUCCAUUGCAGAAAACAAAGGAAUCGAAUUUUUCAUGUGACCACGGUGGCAAACAGCACCGGUGAAGCUGUAGUCCAGUAUUUCAGCGGUGAGACGAAUGUCCUGCCUAAAGCCUGCGGCUCAUUUGUUAGAAUGGCUGAUGACAACUCGUCCUUAGCAGCAAUUUGUCAACAAUGGGGGCAAGAAAACCAACUGAAUUAUGUUGGCAAAUGGAGCUGGGAUUUAUUAACUACUGCAGAAUCUAAAUUGUACAACCAUGCUGCUUUUGUUCGCGGAAGUUAUCAUUGGAUUGCGUCCCCAAGGUAUAAAAGGUGGGAGUGUGACGACUUCAGCAGUUCAGUUUCUAUUGGGGAUUUCUGGAAGGUCUUUGUUCGCUGACAGACUAACACAUAACCUUGCAGCCUUGAACAAAAAGCAAGGAGCUACUUAGGCGAACGUAGAUGAUGCCAUGUAGUGAUUGCAGUAGUUUGAACUUGAAUAGUUCGUUAUAUAUUUGUGUUCUUAAUCUAACCAGAAGCGAUGUGUAUGUUUUUUGUAAAUGAGCUUUAUGUGGCUACGAGAAGCAAAAGCUCGCCUUGGGUUAAGCUGCUGAGAGUAGCGUAGCAGGGCAAAUAGCGUUUUUAAGGUCACACCUCAAAAGGAGUUCCUCGAGUCACCCCCUUAUGGAGAUUUUCACUUUGCUCAUGACUAAACAAUAUUUGAUCAAGAAGAGGCCUGUUACUCUAAGCAGUUGCAUGUCGGAUUUAUGCGUUUAUCUCAAAUAUUAUAGCAUGCCAAUGUAUUUAUAUGUCAAUUGUUAGAAGUUAACAGGCGAUAGUGAAUUUUAAGGAUAUUGUAAGCGAGAAUGGUCCUUCAAAGGACCUGUCUCGAUUACU